GAGGCGGAGCAAGUAAAGGAAUUUCCGCCUUUUCGAGCGACGAGUUCGGAAGUCUUUGUGGCCGUUACCGUAGAGAGGAGGCCCGUUGCUCUCCGGGGAGCCUUUCAGCGGUUGACAUGACGUAUCCGGGGUUCGGAGCGUAUGGAACUUAUCGUGGUCAGAUGCCAAUGCAAAUGGCAAUGGGCCAGCCAGUCCCCGGAGGAGUGCCCAGUGUGGUCCAUGGUGUUUCUCCUGGUUAUUCUGUUUAUUCUGGUGCUUAUGCUGCUGCCGCUGCUGCUGAUCCUUUGUGGACAUUCUUCUCUGCUAUUGCUGGACAGGAUGGUGAAGUGGAUGCUGAGGAACUACAGAGGUGUCUAACACAGUCUGGAAUCAAUGGAACCUAUUCUCCAUUCAGCUUGGAAACCUGCAGAAUUAUGAUAUCGAUGUUGGAUAGAGAUAAUAAUGGGAAAAUGGGAUACAGUGAAUUUAAGGAACUCUGGGCAGCUGUCAGUGCUUGGAAACAAAAUUUCAUGAUGAUUGAUCAAGACCGGAGUGGAACUGUGGAACUUCAUGAAUUGACUCAAGUCAUUAUAGCUAUGGGCUAUAGGCUAAGCCCGCAGACAUUAAUUGCAAUUGUAAAACGUUACAGCAAGAAUGGCAGAAUUUUUUUUGAUGACUACAUGGCUUGCUGUGUGAAACUUCGGGCUUUGACAGACUUCUUCAGGAGAAGAGACAGCAUGCAACAGGGUAUUGUGAAUCUUGUAUAUGAUGAUUUUUUGCAGUGCACCAUGGCUAUCUGAGUGCCAGUUGUGGAAGAAAACUCACGUGUAUAAUUUCAACUUUGAGAAAAUUAACUGAAAAUGCUGUGAAAGCAAGGCUGCCAUUGAUAUUUCCACUUUUCUGCCUGCUAAUGCAUCAUUUCUGUAUAAAUAUCUUUAGUGUGUAGUUUUACAAUAAACAAGUGUUCACAUUUUACUAUAAA